AUGGAAAAUUCAACUGCCCAGAAUUCUUCUGCCGAGGUGAAGGCCGCCGUCAGCCGCCUGAUCAACCCGCAUCUGCAGGCCUCGUCCACCUCCCUCUCCCUGAGCUUCCACUGUGAAGCUGACGAGGUGGCUCUGGAGGGUGUGGGCUGCUGCUUCUGGGGGUUGGCUGAGGAGAAGCGCGAAGACGCCCAGCUCUGUGAGUUCCUGGAGAGCCGCUUCCUGGAGGAGGAGACGAAGCUCCUCAAGAAGAUGGGCGACCAUCUGGCCAACCUGCGCAGGCUGGCUGGCCCCCAGGCCGGGUUGGGCGAGUGUCUUCCAAAGGCUGUCCUGCGAGCACGACUAGGAGCCUCCGGAGCCCAGUGGCCUCUGCGGGACCCCUCUGCCUCCGCCCUCCUCGAGAUCUCUGCCCGAGCCUCUUCCUUCAGCCAGGAGGUCACGGAGGUGGGGAUGACGGGAGACGUUUGCCGUUGCCUCAAGGCCUGGGCCCCGCCAAUGGGCGGCCUUGGCAAGGGCUCUGGAGCUCUGCAGGACACAGCCCCCAGCCUUCCCCGCCAGGGUCCCCCAGCUCACCCGCCCGCCUAA